AUGUACAUUUUAGGUAUCGAAUUGGCAGCUUCAUUCGAUUCGUAUGAUCAUGUAGUUGAUCCUUCUGCAUCGGCUCCUCUUUCUUUACCCAAACCACUGUCACCAGAUUUAUCAUAUCGAACAAUAUCAUUGUCAAAACUGGCGGCAUCAUUUGCAUCCCACAGUGGUGGCACCUACAUGCAAUCUUCAACAGCAUCAAUGCCGAAGCCAAGCGUCAGUAAGUUAGAAUUACAAAAAUGUUUCAAUUAUUUUGAUAAACGAUCUGCAACCAUAGAAUCAUCUUCAAAAGUCUCGUCAUUCAAUGGUAAACAUGGUGACAUGCCAGUACCUAUCAAUGAACCACGAAGUUCAAAUGAUGAUACAAUGAAUGAAAUGCUAUCAAUUGAUUCGACAUAUUUCUUUCCAAAUGAAACUGUACGAUGUGACGAGAUCCCUAACAAAAUCUAUGUAUCAAUGGACAAACGAGAUCAGUGCCAGAAAGUACGUACAUUAACAUGCAAUUUUCUUUUUGAAAAUCGACCAACCUUUUAG